AUGCCCACUCUCGUUGGAAAAGAGGUUGGCCCAACGGGCUAUGGCACUAUGAGAAUGACUUGGCAGGCCCAGCCACCAUCUCAGGAAGUGUGCUUCGAGACCCUCAACAAGUCCUUAGAGCUCGGUGCCAACUUCUGGAAUGGUGGUGAGCUCUACGGCACACCAGAGUACAACUCCAUGCACCUGCUGAACAAGUAUUUCACAAAAUACCCCGAGGCUGCAGACAAGGUUGUUCUCAGCAUCAAGGGUGGAUUGAAGCCCGGCCAGUUGAUUCCGGAUGGCUCGGAAGCGAAUAUCCGUCGUAGCGUUGACGAGACUCUACGCCUGUUGGAUGGAAAGAUAAAGGUCGAUAUCUUCGAGGUGGCCAGACAGGACCCCGAAUUCCCCGUUGAACACACCAUCGAGGUCCUUGCGCAGUAUGUGAAGGAGGGAAAGAUUGGUGGCAUUGGUCUCAGUGAAGUGGAUGCGGAGACUAUCCGGAGAGCACACAAAGUUCAUCCCAUUGCCGCCGUCGAGGUGGAACUGUCGCUCUGGUCGACCGAAAUUCUAGAGAACGACAUUGCAAAGACCUGUGCGGAGCUCGACAUCCCCAUCGUUGCCUACUCGCCUCUUGGUCGCGGUGUCUGGACAGGUGCAGUGACCUCUCUGAAUGACAUUCCCGAGGGUGACAUCCGGCGACACCUGUCACGGUUCAAAGAGGAAAACUUCCAGCAAAACCUGAAUCUCAUCAACGAGGUCAACAGCCUAGCCUCUCGCAAGAAUGUUGCUCCAUCCCAGAUUGCUCUGGCUUGGAUUCGCACUCUCAGCGGCAAACCCGGCAUGCCCACCAUCAUUCCCAUUCCCGGCGGUACGACUGUUGACAAGCUGGUUCAGAAUAUGACUGGAGUCGACAAGCUCACGGACGAGGAGAUGGCUGAAAUUGAUGCCAUCUUGAAGCAGCAUACAGUCGCCGGGCCACGGUAUUGA